AACUUUGUCUAUAUACAAAUUACGCCCGACUGAACCGUUUGUGGUCAUUCUGAUUCUGCAAGCAGACGACUGUACAGAGUUCACGCUCUUGUGAGUAAAAAGACGAACACUCAUCUGAUCAUGCCAUCCUAUCCAAAACAUCAUGCUUCUGGUGAAGCACUGCCACCACUUGAGUCGGGCAAGCUUAGAAUUUACAGCAUGCAAUUUUGCCCAUUUGCACAGAGAGCUAGGCUGGUUGCAGAGGCCAAGGGCCUAGACUAUGAAGUUAUUAACUGUAACCUAAAAAAUAAACCAGAAUGGUUGCUUGAGAAGAAUCCAAAUGGCCAAGUGCCUGCACUGGAGCAUGAUGGGAAGGUCUUGUAUGAGUCGCUCAUUGUGUCAGAUUAUUUAAAUGAUGCCUAUCCCGGACGAAAACUUAAAUCUUCAGAUCCAUACAAGCGGGCUAGGGAUGAUCUAAUUGUCAACCAGUUUGGUAGCAAGAUAAUUCCCGCUUAUUACAAGGCAAUUAGGGCAACUGCAGAGGAUAAAGAUGCAGCAGUACAAGAGCUGAUUGAAAAAUUGUCAAAGUUGGAAAAAAUAAUCACCAAUCGUGCAACACCAUUCUUUGGUGGUCAAAAGCCAACCAUGGUGGAUUUCAUGAUCUGGCCUUGGCUUGAACGACUACGUGUAAGCCCCAUGUAUGACCUGUUGGCUGUCGCUUUACCGAAGCUCUACAAAUACGAACAAGAUAUGCACAAAAUACCAGCAGUAAAAGCCACUGUUGAAAGCCCAGCCAUGCAUCGUUUUUUUCUCUACAACCUUUUGCGACGUAAACCCAUUUAUGAUUACACUGAAGAAGAUGCAUCAAAACUGCAACUGCCCUCAAAACUUUGAUAAAAAAAAAAUAAUGGCCUUAAAGGUGUAUUGUCCCAUGCUAAAUACCUAAAAAAUCAUUAAAAUAUUUUUUGAAAUUAACUUGACCAUUUUGAAGUAACAUAAAAGUUAUCAACUUGAACAUAGAAAUUAGUGUAUUAAAGAAAUUCCUACCAAUGAGUUUACAGCGAAAAUUGAUAGAAACACUUCCAGUCACUGGAAGUGUUUAUUGUUUGUAUUAUAAUUGUUUGGUUUAAAAAUCAGGGUACACAUUUUUUAAAUAAAAAAUAAUUAAGUUAAUAAUUUGUAUUUUUAGUAAGCCUACGAAAUAUGAAAACAUCUUACGCCUGUGUAUCAAGCAGAGACAUAUGCUUCCUUCCACUGAAAGCCUAUUUUUAGAGUUUGACAAGCUAGUCUAGGUCCAUUUCUCAGGACACUUUACACUAGUACUAACAGUAUGUAGCGGCUGUAAGUAUGAUAACCCAUAGCCGCCACAUCCAGGGCAGAUGCAAUUGUAUAUUGAAGAGAGUGACGCACAUUCUACUUACUGUCUAAUUUCACAUAAAGUUCAUGAAAAUCUGGUGUAUAUUUGUAUAGUUGUUCUAGUGAAUUGCCAACACAGUAAGCAUGGAUGAGAUAAGGGUAGCCAAAAAAAAAAAAACAUGUCAAGAAGGUGACACACACUUGAGCUGGGAGCCUAUUGUUUUCACUGGGAUCACAACAGUGUCUAGAAAGCAUGGUAUGAAAAUCUUACAUAUCUACAAAAUUGUACACAUACAAUACUCCUGCAGUGUGUAACUGAUGGAAUAUAAUCCCCUUGAGUAAAGUGCCAAUCUUCAAUAUGCACCAAACCUAAUUUCUAUUUGCAAAUCACCUGAGUAUGCAUUGCACCAAUUUGUUUUAUUUAUUUUUUAAACCAUAUUUAUAGAGGGUAGCCUUCCAGCAUAUAUCCUAGAGGUCAACUGGUACUCAGUGACCCUCUUGAAUAGGCCUACAGAAAAUAUUGUUUUGCUUUUAUCAGCGAAGUCUCUUUAUUUUUUGUUUUUAUUUGUGAGAAAAAUCCUGUUGUCACAGGUAUUGAACCCAGGACGCUUGUAUCUCAAACACUAAGUUAUUCAACUCUACUCUGUAAGUAAAUAUAUUUUAAUUCAGCACCACAGUUCUGAUAUCGGACUAUUGUACCCGUUUGCCUUGAUAUUCUUUAUCAUUGCAACACUAAUAAACAAAACCAAAAGGUUCACUGAUUAUAUCUCGGAUAAGAAAGUUAAAUACAUACUCCAAGUAUCGAAAUACACGCAACAAUACAACACAACUCCACUCUGUCUGUAAAUAAUUUUUUAAAUAAGCACAAGCACUGAAAUCUGAACUACACUCUACCAUGGAGGAAUUAGUAUAAAUUCCUCCAUGAUUAUACAGUACUAUACUAUGUUAUAUUACCUGUUGUGCCUAUUCUGUAUCAUCGCAAUACUAAUAAACAACUGAUCUAUCAUAAUCUCUCCUCUUAGACCAUAAAUAAUAUCAUUGUACCUUACUAAUCAAAAAGGCUAUGUACAAUAUUAGUUAAGAAAGUAAGCCAGAAUUGUACCUGUAUAAAAUAAAUUUGGAGAAGGUUUUGCAAUUCAGGUGGUCCUUCUCACAACCAAA